AUGUCCGUGAGCUCAAUGGGCAGGUCUAUUUUUUUGUUUCAAUUUGUUGAUGGUAUGCCCCGACCCCAGCACACCCAUCUCUUUUGUAAAUGUUUUCUUGAACGUGCAUAG